AUGGAACAUGCAAAUGUCACUGAAUUUAUCCUCCUGGGACUUUUUAGUGACCAGGAUGUGGAGGUCGCCUGCUUUGUGCUGUUCUCGCUUUGCUACUUUGCAAUUCUCUCUGGAAACCUGCUCAUCCUCCUCACCAUCAGAGGAAGUCGCCUCAGUGAACAGCCCAUGUACUUUUUCCUCAGUUACUUGUCCUUCAUGGACGUCUGCUUCACCUCCACGGUAGCUCCCAAACUGAUCACAGACCUACUGGCCCAGAAGAAGACCAUCUCCUACAACAGCUGCAUGGCCCAGAUGUUUUAUGCCCAUUUCUUCGGUGCCUCUGAAAUCUUUAUAUUGGUGGCCAUGGCCUAUGACCGUUAUGCGGCCAUCUGCAAGCCACUCCAUUACAUGUACCUCAUGAGCAGACACAUGUGCUAUGUCCUUUUAAUGGUUUCCAUCAUUGGAGCAUUUGUCCACUCAAUUAUGCAAGUCCUGAUUAUUAUUGAACUUCCCUUCUGCGGUCCCAAUCAGAUAGACCACUAUUUCUGCGACAUAUAUCCCUUGUUGAAGCUGGCCUGCACGGAUACCAGUGUGCUGGUGAUUGUGUUCAUCACCACCACAGGAGUGUCGUCCAUCCUGACCUUUAUCGCCUUAGUCAUUUCUUACAUCAUCAUCCUGUCCAGCUUGAGGUCACACUCCUCCCAGAGCUGCCGCAAAGCCCUCUCCACCUGCGGAUCGCACAUCACUGUGGUCUUCAUGUUUUUUUUGCCCCUCAUCUUCACCUAUGUCCCCACAGCGGAUUCUGUCAGCAAUGACAAGGUCUUUGCGCUCUUUUACACCAUGAUCGCUCCCAUGUUCAACCCCCUCAUCUACACACUGAGAAACACAGACAUGAAAAAUGCCAUGAGGAGAGUGUGGUGCCGAGACAAACAGCUGGAAGGGAAAUGA